GGAAAUGCUGCUACUUAUGACUGUUGCUAGCCAAGUAUCUUGCAGAUGAGUCUAUAAGAUGCUGGGCCCUUAAUUUAUACAAGCGUGCUUGUACUUUUACUGGCAUUGAGUACAGAAGCUGAUCGUAAAACCACUGGAUACUUCGUGAGCAAAAAAACUUGAUAUGCCAGAUGGAAAGGUACUCAAUCUUUGUAAAACUUGUACGAAGUUAAAGGCUGUCUUAGUCCCAGUACCCCAUGUUUGAUAUUUAGAACAGCAACACAAACCUGAUGCCAACGUUCAGGCCGGGCACUCACUGUUGUCCUGCAAAAAAUCGUACAAACACAUUAUAUGAUCUAAUUUUACAGUGGAAUCUUUGUGGGGAUUUGAAAGCAAAUUUCUCUAUAGGCUUCAUUCUAUUUCUGUGCAAUACAAACUUUAGAUUUACACCGCAGUGAAAGAUAAUUUGUUGUUGUCUAGGUUUAGACUGUCACAAGAGAUCAUUCGAAUGCAAAUUCGUUGUAGACCUUUAAAUAUGGCCAGAACCUUCUUGGGUCACGGUUCUGUCACUAAAAAAAUUAUUUACCAUCGUAGUGUAUAUUGAAAAAUGCAAAAUUGCUAAACUGGGAAAAUGAAUUCUUUUAUUUUACUAACGAGAAGCUCAACGCCAACGUAAACACCAAAAACCCGGCAGCACUAAAACAUGGAAUCCGGAAUCCGGAAUCCGGAAAUGGAAACAGAAUCACGGAAACCGAAACGGAAUACGGAAUCUGUGAAAGAAGGUUCCAAGCAAUCGAUUUGAAAAAAGAAUAUUAGCAAUGACAGUAAAAUAAAUAAACAGAUAAAAAAAAAAGACACAAAUGAAUAAAUUUGCUGAGUAGAGGAGAGGAGACUGCGGUAUCACUAUCGAAGUCGAUUCCGGUGAAAAGACGCUUGACAACACUAUCGGCAAUGACUGCAAAUUCUCAUGGGACAGCAAACCGAAGAGAAAAACGUUACUGACAAAAACUAGUGCCUUGAGAAAAAGAUAAGUUAUAUAGAGACAAACUUCGUUUGAAUCGUCACAGGCGUCGUUUAUAUAACUGACAGGCGUCGCCUUUAAGUUUUUCUCGGUGUCUUUUGUGGGUUGUCUUCAACAGUGUUCAGUUUUAUUUAUCAAGACAACUUACUCAAGAGAACCAUGGCAUUGUGGAGUCCAAAGAGAAGGGAGAAUUGUGCAUUUGCUUGAUUCCGCAACCGAUUACAUCAAAAUAAUGCGCCAUGUUUAAUAAGCUUCUUCAACAAAAAUACGGACGUCCACGUAAACUCAAUUACCGGUACAGCAGUAUUCCAUCAGUAUUCAGCUUGGCGAAAAAGUUGAACUUAUUGCUAAAACACCGGAACUGUGGUCACGUCACUGGUCGGUCAUGUGUGGAGUAUUCAGUUUGGGGACAAUCACGUGGUGUGGUCUGAGGCUAAUUACUACUAUUCUUGACAAUUAGCUACAAAAGUAAUAUUUAACUGUAUUAUUCAACCCAUGAACUCGUGAAUAAACAUUACUCGCAAAAUUACUUUCAUCGGCCUUGCAGUUCAGUAACCCACACUACGUAUUACAGAAACGCGCCCAUUGAAAAACGUCGCCCGUGAAAAGUGGGGUACCCAUUAGGCUUUGCGAGCAAAAACGAAGUUUCAAAGACUACCGUCGUUUUCGGUCUCUUGUGAACUUCAUAGCGGUUAACUACUCUCACACUUUCAAGAGACAAUGCAGAAACAAUAGAAGUAGGUUGCCAUUGUUUUAAGUGUUGGAAUGUCUUUGUCAGUGCUUCAAGUUUAUGCAAAGAGAAGCAUUUUUCUUCGUCGUGCACUAACAUAAAACCCUCGCGGAACUCGCGAAUUCGGUAGUCUCGUGCGAAUCGUUUUGAUGGUAAAACAGUUAAAGCUAAUCAGAAACCAAAGUAUUCUUCACUUAAAAACUCAUCUUCAAGAAAAUCACUCGAUAAGAUUGAAUAAAAAUGUUUGCAGCGUUUACAAAUAUUAUUAUCAGAAGCGGUAUUGUAGUUGUUUUCAAGAGACGGAUUAGAUCGCUGUUUAGGUUUGGCCGUUAAAUAUGUAGUUAUAGCGUUCUUAAAGAAAGUAUCGCUCUUAAUUUUGCCUUAUACUUUGCUAAAUUCAAUAUCUUAAAUGAAGAACGUAAGUAAGAGUGCUUUUUCGUCGAAUUUGCCUGUAAAUUUUAAGGUUUAUAAUAUUAUCCAAAACCCGUGACAAAAUGUAAACAAACUAUUAACGCAUCGGUUACGCUCAUAUUUCACCGAUCGAUUCGAACACCAAGAAUUUUGUAAAAGGUAAAAAUUCAUUUUAAGUCAGUGCAUUGAAUUAUUUACGGCAAAAUCAACAACAAUCAUCGAAGAUUUUUCAAUUUUGAAGCGUUUAACAGCAAAAAGUCACAUGCUAAUUCGGAGUAAAUUUAGACAGUUUUUAAACAGACUGAGCUAUUGUUAGUCGCGUAAAAUUCUAUUCUUCAGGAAAGGGAUAUACCCAGGGGAUUUCUUGAUUGACACUAAAUUAACAUCAUUUUUCACUUAUUUGCAUUUUCACGAUCGACGUUUUUGAAUGGGCGGCGGGGCAAACCUUAUCAAGACCCCCAACAAGAAUAUAUUUAAGGGAACUGCCAAGAAAACUAAGACAAAUUCUCUUUGGAUUGUACUUAAAUUGUGUCAUGUGAAAUUCUUUAAUUUACUAUCAUUGAUAUUUGAUUCCGUAUUCCGUUUCCGUUUCCGUUUCCAUGAUUCCGUUUCCGUUUCCGGAUUCCGGAUUCCGUGUUUUAGUGCUGCCCCCAAAAACCUUGCUAUCGCCGUUAUGAAGACGUCACUUCAGAGGUUAAAAAACCUUGAAGUUCACUCUAAAAAUUUGCAUGCACAAACAAAAUUUAUAAAACCAUUACGUGUUUUUUUGUAACCGUUUAUUAUUAUUUGGUUUUGACUGGCAAGAUAAAGCGCGACCUUCAAUCGGUAAUGCUCGUUGACACUACAUAAAACAUAAAAGGCGAAAAAACACAUUACCUUACCUUAACUAACUAUAAAAUAUCACCUAAAUAAUUUCUGUUCAUCGCAUAGAAAUACGCCGAAUAAUAAAUUUGAUUAUAGAUUGUAGCGAUCUAAAGAUAUAAAGCAAUGAAUCCGAACCCACCUCCAGCUAGACGGCGCCAUUUUCUUGCCCUGACAGCGGAUCGAGAGCGGAAAGGCGAACUAGUUCCAGUCGUACUUUGCAUCACAGCUGAACCAGAGAGCGCGUAUGAGCGUUUCAACGCCCUAGCUCCUUACGCCCUGGUGUAAACAAAAGACUGAUCCGUGAAAAUUUUUAUCCGUUUAAAAUUUGUCCGGACUCUUGUGACAGGGGUCUAGAAAAUGGGGUCUAGUACCGCUUCUUUUAAUUUACUGUGGUUUAAAGCCUCACAUUGACAUCAGAUUGGCUGGCUGAGGCCACACUCACUUCUAUGCACAAGUUGCAAAUAGAGUCUAAUAAAAGCUUCGAUUAGACCCAUUCGUUGAGGAUCGGUUCAAACAAAAGAAAACAAUUAUCAGCAAACUAUUUAGUACAGUAUAUGCUGCCGACUGUUCAGACAAAUCAGUUCUGUACGAAACGAAGUUAAGGAGCAACAACCUAACAUUGAUUUAAUGCAUGGGAUGAAUGCACCUGAUGCGUACAUAUUGGCUAGGCAACAAUGUGUCAGCUCAAUUUGAAUGAGACUGGCCUGUAUGUCUUUCUUUCUAAUGAUAUCUUUCCCCUUUGUCUUCAGCCACCCGGAAGUUCACGUCCGUUUUCUUAUGGCUGGGGGUACUCAUAUCUUUCAGGUAAGUUUCAGUUGAUUCCGCUGUAUUAUCCUUCUUCCCUGUUAUAGGUCAACAAAUAAUGAGUUAAUAUAAAUUGUAUUCACUAUCUCUUUUCUCAUUGGCUAACAGCCUAAAGUUAAUUUAUUUUAGAAAUUGGUGUAACCUACAGAUUAGUUAGUUAUCUGCAUGCUAUCAGAUUUUUGACUAAAGCUACGUGAAAACGGACGCAACAAGUCCCAACGUUGUUGCGCUAAACCUUUGAUCAAUUUCAAACUUUGCGCAACAACUCCCAAUAACACGACACAACAUGCGACAGGGUGUGCAAACGGACGCAACAUGUAACAUCCAGCAAUGUUGGGAAUUGUUGACCAUCAAUGUUGCGUCCGUUUGCACGGGAAUUAAUCUGUAGGUUGCGCGCACAACGCCUAAUUUCUAAGAGCAAUGUCAAACUAUGUUCCAUGGGAUGCUGUCGUUGUCCUUAUUUUCUUCAAACUAAUGUCAGCUUAGGCCUUCGGCUUGGCUGAUAACACCUACGUUGACCUUGAUUAUUCCGGAUAUUACCAAAACGUCAUCCAAUAAUUGUUUAAAAUAGGUAAAAAAUUCUUUCUCUUUCAGUACCAGCUUUACUAUCUGGGAGUGAGUCAUUUCCCUGACGGACGGGCAUCAAGCAAGUCAUCCAAUUUUGUGUGAAAAAAGUAUAUUUUUUAGGCCUUUUGUUAAGAUUACACUAUCCUUUAUGCAAUUUUCGUAUUUUGGAUCACACCAUUUUGUAAAGAUUAGCGAAUAGCUCUUUAUUUGUAGUCAUGCUGAAAUUCCACUCACAUAAUUCUUUGUAUAUUAACAUAGCUUACCUCGCUCCAAAAAGGAAUCAAGUCAACUUAACUUGUAAAAAUGGUAUUUUUAAGUCUGAAUUUCGGCGUGGCAUAAUUGUUGGCAAGUUCAUAAGCGAACCAUAUUUUACUUUACAGAAUUCUUUUCAGAAAUGUAUUAGAUCUAUUAGGGGAAGUGUAAGCUUCGUCAUUUUUUAUGGCUUUUGUCCCGGCUAAGAUUACCCAGUUUUGAAAAAGCUGCAAUUUCAGCUUUCGACGUUUGGAUAUCUUAAGGACUUAAGACUGAAGCAGUUCCCUCUUAGGCUUUUGUACAUUAUGCUUUUGUUUUCCCAUUUAAAUGCUCCUUCUUAAUGCUUCAUUUUCCCCUAAAAUGCUUGGAUAA